AGAGGGAAUGAAGGAGCGAUGAUAGCUAGAAUAACCUCACCCGUCAAUAUCUGCACGCUCACACACCUUCGCUCCCUCCACGCCUCGCCGCCGCCGCCCACCGACAAAGCCGGCUUCGCUGCCCUCCUCCAGUCCGCCUCGCGCCGGGCCCAUCUCAAGCAAAUACAUGCGCUCCUCCUCACCACGGGCCUCUCCCACAAGAACAGCCUUCUCACCCAGCUCCUCCUCUCCCUCAUCUCCAUCCCCGACAUGGCCUACGCCCGCCGCCUGUUCGACGAUAUGCACAAACCCCGCGUCUUCCUCUGGAACACCCUCAUCCGGGCCUACGCCAGGUCCAACCUCCCCGGCGACGCCAUCGCUCUGUACCACGACAUGCGCCGCCUCGGCGUCCGCCCCGAUAACUUCACCUUCCCUUUCGUGCUCAAAGCCUGCGCCGACCUGCUCGACGUCUGGCUCGGGAUGGCAGUCCAUUCGCUUGUCAUUAAGUUUAGGCUCGUAUGUGAUGCCAUCGUCCGGACUGAGUUGAUGAUCAUGUAUGCGAAGCUCGGCGCUUGCGAUUCGGCUGAGAAUAUAUUCGAAAGCAUGAGCAGCGGCAGCAAAGACUUGGUUGCAUGGAAUGCGUUGAUCAGUUCUUUCACGCAGAGCGGUCAUGCAGAUAAGGCUCUCAGACUCUUUCACCGAAUGGAGUCAGCUGGAGUGAAGCCUGAUUCGAUCACUCUGGUGAGCGCCAUUUCAUCUUGCGCUUAUUUGGGGUGCUUGGAGCAGGGCAGGAGGCUCCACAGGCGCAUCAAGGAGGAGAUGCUUGGGAGCAAUGUCUUCGUCGAGAAUGCCCUCCUUGACAUGUACGCCAAAUGCGGCAGCAUGGAAGAGGCCAGCAAGCUAUUCCGCGAGAUGCAGCAGAAAAGUGUCGUCUCCUGGAGCACCAUGAUCGGAGGGUAUGCGGUUAACGGCGAUAGCCACAGAGCAUUGUCUCUCUUUUCUCGGAUGCAGGAUGACGGGGUGCAGCCGAACCACGUGACGUACCUCGCUGUUCUCUCCGCAUGCAGCCAUGCAGGUUUGGUUAGGGAAGGAAAGGAGUAUUUCGGUCGCAUGCUGGAUCCGAAAGUCGAACAUUAUGCGACGAUGGUCGAUCUUCUCGGACGAUCAGGACAUCUGGAGGAGGCCUAUAGCUUCAUCAAGAGUAUGUCCAUCGAGCCGGACGCCGGUGUUUGGGGUGCUCUGCUAGGGGCUUGCACGAUUCACCAUGACUUGGAGCUUGGCCAGCUUGCUGCAGACGAGGUCCUCAGAUUAGCUCCUGAGAUACCUUCAUAUCGUGUGCUUCUUUCGAACAUCUAUGCGGCUUCUGGGAGGUGGGAUGAUGUUGAGAAGGUUAGGGAGAACAUGAGAGGGAAUCAUGUGAGGAAAGCAGCAGCUUAUAGCUCUGUGGAGUUGGAUGGAGAGGUUUAUUUAUUCCGUGAAGGAUCGCACGGUCCGUGGAGGGAGAUAUACAAGAAGUUGGAUGAGCUAACUACGGUGCUACGAGGAAUGGGUUAUGAGCCGAUUACUGGAGUCGUGCUGCAUGAUGUGGAGUCCGAGGAGAAAGAGGCUGCAGUCAGGACACACAGUGAGAAGCUUGCCAUUGCAUUUGGUCUCACCAGGAUGAAGAGUGCUGGGACUCCAAUAAGGAUCAUGAAGAACCUGAGGGUUUGCAAUGACUGUCAUACGUUCUCUAAGUAUGUUUCCAAAGCACUUGGAAGGGAUAUUAUAAUGAGAGAUAAGAACAGGUUCCACCAUUUCAAAGAUGGCGAGUGUUCCUGCCGGGACUUUUGGUGAUCAGGAAUUUAGGAAGACUUGAAGAGCAGUGUGGAAGAACCAGAGUGUUGGAGUGUGGUUGGGACUAGUAAUUCGGUUCAAUUGUGACCGUCUCUCCAAUGGGUGCUUCAGCACUUGGUGUCAAAAUACUGCUUGCUGAAGGUUAUGGUUACCAUUCUUACUUGGUGUCAAAAUUCAGCAUUAUUCCUACCAUUCUUACCUUCGUUGGCAGGAUAGGAGGUUGAUUUUUAAAGCAAUAAUUGGGAAAAUCAGGUCGGCAGUGGUGAGAACCAAUUCAUUUUGUUUUCUUAAAUCAAUUUUUUCCUUUUUAAUGGGACAACAGUAAUUAAAUUUGGUCACGGAUGCUCCUAAUUUGGUUUGACAAGAUA